AUGGUCAAGCGUCAGUGGCUGUGCAGACAGACUGUCGUCGCCAUGGAGUGUGAAGCCUCACCACGUGCUAUCAGGACAGAAGAGAAGGAGAAGGAGAACGACGACAUUACCACUAAGUACCACCGUAAGUACCACCGUAAGUACCACCGUAAGUACCACCGUAAGUACCACUGUAAGUACCACCGUAAGUACCACCGUAAGUACCACCGUAAGUACCACCGUAAGUACCACUGUAAGUACCACCGUAAGUACCACCGUAAGUACCACCGUAAGUACCACCGUAAGUACCACCGUAAGUACCACUGUAAGUACCACCGUAAGUACCACCGUAAGUACCACCGUAAGUACCACCGUAAGUACCACCGUAAGUACCACCGUAAGUACCACCGUAAGUACCACCGUAUGUACCACCGUAAGUACCACCGUAAGUACCACCGUAAGUACCACCGUAAGUACCACCGUAAGUACCACCGUAAGUACCACCGUAAGUACCACCGUAAGUACCACCGUAAGUACCACUGUAAGUACCUAGAAGUACCACUGUAA